AUGAGCGGUCAUUCAAUGGCUGCCUCGGUGCACACCUCAGGGCCACAGACCAGCGCUACCGCCACUGGUAGCCAAGGAGCUGGUAGUGGGAUGCAGUCCUCCCACCAUCCCACAACACCGUUGGACGGCGAGAAACUGUCUGCCCGGAAAGCUCGCAAAGAAGCGGAACGACAGAAGAAACAGGCCAAAAAGUACGAAGAGCAACUGAAAAAGAUUCGCGGUCCGAAAAGCCAAAAGUUGCAAAUUAUCGACGAAAGCUUUCUGGAAAAGUACCGGCACGUGCAAUCGUUACCUCCCGGGCCGACACUGAAGACGAAGAAGCGAUCGAAAAAGGCCCCCACCGACGUUGUGCAGAUCAAUCUAUCGGAAUGCAUCCGGGAGCAGUUGGCGGUGGGCGAUCGCAUGGAACCAAAGCCGAUAGUUCCGAUCGUUCCACAGCAACCGUUGCUACUACUGCACAAAGGCAAACAACGGGAAGUGCCAAAGGAGAAGAAGCUGUCACGGCUGAAGAAGGACAUUAUUCGAAGCCGCACGGAAAAGGGUGCUGCAGCUGGACAACAAACCUCGGACCAUGGAGGCACAGCGCCAAAUUGCAGUGGCCCGGAGGAAGAAAAGAGUGCCGAAAUGGUUAAAGGUGCCAAUGGUGUCGUUAGUAAGCAAUCGAACGAGGGAAACGCACAGCACAACGUAGUCGACUCACCAUUCCUCAAAGCGAUUGAACGAUGCUGCAUCAAUGAUGGAUUACCACCUAGUCGUGAUUCUAGCGAGUAUCAUAACGGGUUCCCUUCGCUGAGAGUGUCUGCCACCAAACCAACUGCGCUGAGACAUUCACGAAACUUUAGACCAUACUGUGACCACUUCAUCUCGGACGAAUUGCGCGAACUGGCGGAGGAUGUGGUGGUGAAGUUGUUUAACUUUCAAACGAAAGCGUACGCCAAAAAUCCCAUCAAAGCCGUUGCUAAUAAGCGUUUCGUGGUGGGUUUCAAUGAGGUGUUGAAGCUGUUGGAGCUGCGCAAGGUGCGCCUGGUGCUGGUUGCACCGGAUCUCGAGCCAAACGAAACCAUCGACCAGAUGGUGAGCAACGUGAAGAUGCUCUGUCGCCAGAGUCAGGUACCGUACCUGUUUGCGCUGAAGCGCAGAAAGAUUGGAUUCCAUCUGCUGAAAAAGGCACCGAUCAGCUGCGUCGGAGUGCUGAGCUACGCCGGGUGUGAAGAUACCGUAAAGCAGAUGCUUUCCGUGGUAGAGCAAGAGCGCGAAAGUUAUCGCAAUUUGAUGGUCGAUGCACCAUGUUGA